UGCUCCUGCUGCUCCUGCUCAUCCUGCUGCUCCUGCAAACCCAAACCUGUUGUAUCAUUGGCCUGUGAGCGGCAUUCCCACAGCAGCCACUGCUCCUCCUCCUGCUGCUCCUGCAAACCCAUGUUUCCAGAGUAACAACAUACUGCAGAUUCCAGAUAGCAUGGUGAAGUACCUCCGUCCUAUUGGAGUACUGAACGGCGUGUUGGUGUGCGACUUCACUCCAUCCUGUUCUACAGUCAACACACCCACUCCAAAAAAGAGGAAGCGUCAGGAAGAGGGCGGGGCAUACAUCAAAAAGCCACCAAAUGCCUUCAUGAUUUUUCUAAAGGAGCAGAGGGCAAAAGUGAAGGCAGAAAUGAACAUCAGUGAUAAUGCUGCUGUUAAUGCAGUCAUGGGAAAGAGGUGGAAGUCGCUGUCGUGGGACCAGCAGGCAAAAUAUUACCAGCAGGCUGACCAGGAGAAAAGGCUCCAUGCCCAAAAAUACCCAAACUGGUCCACCAAACAUAACUACGGCAAAAAGAGGAAGGGAAGCCACAGCUGCACCUGCAGCACAGCAUCUGCAUCUAAACCAGGAGCCAUUCAACCCCAGAGACAGGCAUCCUUUGGAGCCACUGGAGAGGAUCCUCUGUCAGUCAAACAUGGUCCCCUCCUUCCUGCCACACAGGACCCAUUAUUUCCUCCCUCAGACCCCUGCACUGGUCCUCAAGUGCACCAGGAUUCACUUCCAUCCACAUCAGUGGCCUCUGAACGUCAACCCCUUGAAGCCAUUGCCACUGAUUCCUACCCUGUUCAUGCAGACUUGUCUACAAUAGACUUAAGUCUGUUGUAUCAAUAAUUAACUUCACGCUGAACGUUUAAAUUUUAUUAAUUUUAGUCUAGCUUUUUUACCUUUUACUUGUUACCUUUCUGAACUUUUUACAU